AAAAACGAAAGUAAUAGCGAUCCCCUGCAAGGAACUCUGGGAAAUCAACAAUUCCCUGCGGAAAACAAAUGAUCCAAAACAACCCUUGCUAAACAAAUGGCUGUUUGAUUACGCUCGAAAACGGAACCUUGAAAAAUAGGAUACAGGCUAAUUAAGAAAAGAUACAAUUGAUUGAUUGUGUUUACUUGCUUAGGAGUUUUCUUGCAAUUAUUCAAGUUAUGUCUUUAAAACACAUAGCCAAAUCGAAGGUGGAACUACACGUUCAUUUAGACGGUGCUUUGCGAAUUUCGACGAUUAUUGAUUUAGCUAGAAAGAAAAAUAUUAAGCUGCCCACUUAUGAUGAAACCAAACUGCGGGACUAUGUGUCUGUCAGCCUUAAACACCCCUCCUCAUUAAGGAAAUUUUUGCAGUGUUUUGGUGUCUUUAUCAAGACCAUUGUUGGUGACCUCAAUGCUAUUGAAAGAAUAGCCUAUGAAUUCUGCGAGGACCAAGCUAGAAAUGGAGUCAUUUAUUUUGAAGCUCGCUACUCCCCACACAUUCUUGCAACAGAAGAUGUGACACCGGAUGAAGUUGUUGAGGCUGUCAAUCAAGGCUUUUUGCGAGGCCAAGUCGACUUCAGAGUUGUGGCUAGGAGCAUACUUUGUUGUAUGAGACAUGAGCCAGAUUGGUCUCUAGAGGUGGUCGAGUUAUGUGAGAAGUUCAAAGAAGCUGGUGUAGUUGGGAUAGAUCUUGCGGGGGAUGAAUCUCUCGGGGAAACCCCUGCCACCAAGAACCAUGUAAUGGCUUUUGAGGAAGCACGAAGAGUUGGUAUCCAUCGGACCGUGCAUGCUGGGGAAGCUGGACCAGCUGCAAGUGUCAGAGAGGCAUUAGACCAAUUACAUGCUGAACGUAUUGGUCAUGGGUACCACACACUCGAGGAUGAGGAACUCUACGAUCGCGUCCUCAAGGAGCGCAUACACUUGGAGACCUGCCCGACGUCUAGUAUUCUAACGGGAGCCGUUCCUCCACCCUUCAAGUGCCACCCUAUUCUAAAGUUUGCGAGAGAUGGCGCGAACUUCUCGUUAAAUUCCGAUGAUCCGCUGGUGUGUGACACAACGAUAGAGAACGAAUAUCGCGUUGCACAUGACGAAAUAGGGCUCGGGGAGGAGGAUUUCAAAAAAGCGACUUUAAAUGCAGCAAAGGCGUCAUUCUUACCAGACUACGAAAAGCUCGAGCUUAUCAAACACUUGGAGAAAAUACACCGCAUGCAGGGGACCGACAACAUGCCGAGCGACGACCUUGACGGACUCUACCCGACCAUACUUAUAACACCGAACUGAGCCGAAUAACCGACGACAUACCGAGUGAUCCUCCAAUCGGCUUUAAACGAACCCUUGCCAUAACAUCGAGCUGAGCCGAAUGCCGACUACAUCCCGUGCGAUCCUCUAGUUGGCCUUCAUCGAAACUUUGUCAUAACGCAACGAACAUUCCGAACAACGACCUAGACGGCUUCAACCCGACCAAAGUCAUAAUACCGAGCUCAGUCAAAUACCGACACCAUUCGGAGCUCCGUUCGUGAUCUAAUACCUAGGACAGCCACGCUGUUCUUUUUUGUGUCGUUCCAGAAACAUUCAGCAUGGUUUAUUUGCAUGCAUUUGCAAGGGCACGUGAAAAGAACGGCGUUUGCCCUGUGGCUAAGUCACCUCUAUGACGGCAUACAUUUCCUUUACAGUGUUUCAAACUCUUUGCCGUAGCUCACACGGCCUGUCUCUAACGUCGUGCCAAACUCAGUUCUAUUGCGUUUGAGGAUAAACACAAUAGCUUACCAUAAGGUUACUAUGUACACGAUAACAAUAGCUCAGCAUAAGGUUACUAUGUACACGAUCACAACAGCUUGCCAUAAGGUUACUAUGUACACGAUCACAAUAGCUUAACAUAAUGUAACUAUUUACACGAUCACAAUAGCUUACCAUAAGGUUACUAUGUACACGAUCACAAUAGAUUACCAUAAGGUUACUAUGUACACGAUCACAAUAGCUUACCAUAAGGUUACUAUGUACACGAUCACAAAAGCUUACCAUAAGGUUACUAUGUACACGAUCACAAUAGAUUACCAUAAGGCUACUAUGUACACGAUCACAAUAGCAACUAUUGUACAACAUUACGGCUUGUCGAUUCGCUGUCGUCGUGCUAUAACUACAGCACGACGUAUCAAAUGAGCAUCUCCUGCUUUCGUUUUUUUCGUAGGACAGGUAGAAUGUUUCAAUUUGUGUGGAUCAAAAUGUAAUAUACGACUAUUGAUUAAUUAAUGUAUGCGGGUCUUAAAGAGCAUAAUAUAUUUUUCCAUUGUAAACUGUACUCACCUUGGGAUUCACGGGACAAACGUAUUUUUAUUUCCUUGGGAAAAUGACAUUAUUUGCUCAUAUUUUCUCCCAAAGGUAUGGAGUAUAUAUAUUCUUACUAUGGAUAAAGGGAAACCCCCGCAAAGAAGGGGAAAAAAAUGGGGUGCAUCACCCUCCCUAAGGAUGACUUUGGAAGUAGAAUCAAUAUGGAGUAGGAGGGGGGGGGGGGUAGGAUUGUUUUACUAUAAAUAGGGUUAAAAAUGUUUAAUAAUGUAAAACCGAUUCCAUUAGCUAACAAAUUAAAAAAAAUUAAUUACUCAAAGAAAAUUCAUAUUAUUCUAUUCAUGGUCAUCAUUUAUUGUUGUAAUUCCGUAAAUGAUGUAAUAAAGGCCGGGGGCGUUUUAAAAAUGUC